AUGCUCCAACUAAAGGAUCAACUUCAUAACUUUCUGCGAUGUAGCAUCGGAGAUGGCAACACAGCCUUGUUUUGGUACGACUAUUGGACGGAGUUGGGUCCAUUGUAUCUUCUGUUCGGAACCACGGGCCCCCGAUCACUUAGGAUUCCCCUUCGUGCCACUGUCUCUCAAUCAGUGAGCAAUGGCCAUUGGAAUCUCCCUCCGGCUCGCUCUGAUUUUGCGGAAACACUUCAGAUAAUUCUAUCUACAAUGCCGGUUCCUAGAUCAGAUAACAAUGAUGAUGUUUAUUUGUGGAGAAACCACUCCGGGGGCUUUGGACCUUCUUUUUCUUCGCGAGUUACAUGGGAGAGAUUGAGAGUUGUUAAUCAUGUGGUCCCGUGGCACUCUGUAGUAUGGUUCAAAGAGGAAAUCCCUCGUUGCUCAUUCAUCUCUUGGACAGCGUUUCUUGGUAGGCUUCCUACUCGGGAUCGACUGUUAUCAUGGGGUCUUUCGGUUCCUCCAGGUUGUGCUCUCUGUUCUUCAGCGGAUGAAUCUAUAAGUCAUUUGUUUUUUAUCUGUCCGGUUGCGGUUGCUACUUGGAAUUGUUUCUGUGGCAGGUACUUGGCGUCAAGGCCAUCCUCCCUUAAUGACGUCGUUCUUCUCUGCCAGCAACUAACCGGAACUCAUUCGGCGCGUGCUAGGGUGGUGCUCAAGCUUCUCAACCAAGUCAUCAUCUACAUCCUGUGGCGUGAGAGGAACAACCGCAUCUUCAUGGGAAUCGCAUCAACUCAGGAGACAAUCUUCCGUAAGGUGGACCGUGCCAUGCGUGAUCGUCUCCUAUCCCUUUCUCGGCCUUCUGCUUCAUCUCAUUCUCCAUCUUUGCUUGAGCUGUAUCUUUGGUUUCUAUCUCCCUAUAGUUAA